UCUGAGUUUCUGUGCAACAAUAAAACAGCAGCAAACAAAAGAGCGCAGAGAGAGAGGUGCAAGGACGAUUCUUGACCUGCUCAGUGCUGCUGCGACGUCGUUUUCUGCUGACUCAUGGGAUUUUUCAGAAGGAUAGCUGGAUUGCUAGGGUUUGCAAAGGACGAACAUGAUUCCAAGGAUAAUGCCGACGAUGAACCCAACCUUCAACCUCGUACCACGACGUCGCGCUUCAAAGAAACUGGUGUUCCUAGAAAAGGGCUUAGCGUCCCUGCCCAGGUGGUCGUCGAUCGCCCUCACUUUGGUCCCGUUCUCACUCUUUCUUCGUCCGGCGACGGCGGAGUUCAGGGUCUGAGGUGGUAUGCAAAGCGACUUAGGAUAGAUGAAGAUGGAGAUGUAGCGGAUGAAUUCCUUGAUGAGGUUUCUUCAGAGACGCCAGGAUUUGCAGUAGAUCAUCAUAAAACAGUGGCAAGAUUUACACUGAAGAACGGUACUAAGCCAGUCACAGUGAAGAAACAGGUCCUAUCAGAUGGGAAAAUUCAGCAGUGUGUGGAACACCAGGGCAGAUUGCAGUGGGUAUAAAAAAUCUUAUUAGAAAUUGGUCUGACUAUUAAAAUUCGUUGGGUUUUAUCUGUUUAGUCGUGCAUACUGGGGGAACCUGAAGUCAAAAACAACUAAUAUUUUUAUUGAGCUUUACUUGAUGGUUCCUUUUUGCUCUUUGGUUAUGUCUUUCACUAGCUAUGAGUAUGUCUGGGAAUUGCUGCAUUUGGUGAAAGUAUGUGGGAAUUAAAUGUACAAUUUAAGUCCGAGUCUGUUACCCUACAAAAUGAGCUGCCGAAUCUCAUGUCCAAGCUAUUGAGAAUCUAGCAGUUGAGAAUCUUUUUAGUACAGACAUUGAAUAAUGUAGAAGGGUUUGUGAGGAGAUUUAUGAAGCUCUGAACUUCUACUAGUAGACACUUGAAGUGAAGUUAUUCCUAGUGAGGUACGGUAGUUUCCUGUAAGUAUUGAAGUGUGAUUCUGCUAAUUAAUUGUGACAAUCUGUUCUUUGCUUCUCCUUUUUAGCUAUUGCUUUAAUUUUGUGU